GUUUUCCUUUCUUCAUGGUUGAGAAAUUUAAACGCAGAGCAGUCUCAAAGCCUUACAGAUGAUCCAACUUCACAAUCUUAAUUUCUCACUGAAGGAGAGGGGUGAGGAAAGGGAAGCUACCAGGAUUUUCACAAUCUCCAGUUCUUGAACAGUUUAAUUUAUUAGUUAAAACCCAUCAUCUAAGUCAAGCACGCUCAUCCAGUUUUUCCUCCGGCCGUGGCGUCAAAUCUCAGCCCGGUUUCUCAGUCUUCCAAUAUCAGAAAUGGGAAAGCCAAAUGUACCGACGAAGUUAGGAAGGUGGAGAGGAUUGCAUGCGUUUCUUUUUGUAGCGGCCACACUUGCUCUCCUUGUCUGUACUGUUACCUUGUCGAAAUUCUACUCUGUCAGAUCUCUUCUGACAUCGGAAAAAGUUUGCAAAUGCGAUGGCCCUGCAAUCUUUGGGCAAACUAGGUCAGAGGUAAGGUUGACCGCUGAAUCUAUAGUCCAGAAAAUCAAACAAGAAAUCUCAGAGAUAAGGAAGUUGUCAAAUGAGUCCUCAUCAUCUCCACUGUCAACAGUGAGAUGUGGCACUUUUCUUCUUCAUAUUUUAGGACUAGUGGAGGAAAUUCAGGCAUCCCUAUCCCUUUUUGAUGAGGCCCAUCAGCAAAAGAAUGAAACCAAAGAUAUACAUCCUCUGUCAAGACCAAAGCAACAAUCUGAUGAAGGGGGCCACCGGCAAGAAAAUGAAAUCGAUGAGGAGGCACAUCCUCUGUCUAGGCCGAAGCACCGAUCUGACGAGCCUGUUGAUUUCUUUCUGACAGAAGAGAUUCGCAAGUAUGUCAGGAUCAAACCAAACAGAUUGGGAAGGCAGAACUUCAUGGGAGCCAAUGGAACCUUCACCAGCAUCGGCCAUGCUUGUUUCGGGAUGAAGGCAGAGCUUGAAGAGUACAUGGAUUACGAUGUUGGUGAAAUUUGCAACGACGACUGGAGACUAGCUCAGUAUCUGAUGAUUCAUGGGUGCGAUCCUUUGCCAAGGAGAAGGUGCUUCUCAAGAGCCCCUCAGCUAUACACCAAGCCUUUGCCCAUAAAUGAAUCCAUGUGGAAGCUCCCCGACAACCGAAAUGUGCGUUGGGGCCGGUACAGGUGCAAGAGCUUCGGUUGCCUGGCUAAUAGUUCCUCUGGCAAGGGAUUCUUCAAGUGUGCAGACUGCUUCAAUCUUACUCACCAUGAAAAGCCCAGAUGGAUCGAACCCUCCAAUUCGAACCUGACUGCAGACUUUCUCAUAUCCGAAGUUAUUGAUUUGAAGCCCGGGGAGAUAAGAAUCGGAUUGGAUUUCAGUGUGGGAACUGGUACAUUUGCUGCCAGAAUGAGAGAGUUCAAUGUCACCAUAGUUUCUGCAACCAUUAAUCUCGGGGCACCCUUCAGCGAAAUGAUUGCUCUUCGCGGCCUCGUCCCUCUCUACUUGACCAUAAAUCAAAGGCUUCCCUUCUUUGACAACACUCUAGAUCUGAUUCACACGACGAGGUUCCUGGAUGGCUGGAUAGACUUGGUGCUCUUGGACUUUGUGUUGUUCGAUUGGGACAGGAUUUUGAGGCCAGGCGGCCUUCUGUGGAUCGACAGCUUCUUCUGCUUGAAGGAGGACCUCGAUGACUAUUUGGAGGCUUUCAGGAUGCUAAGCUAUAAGAAACACAAGUGGAUUGUUGUGCCAAAGCUGGAUAAAGAUGAUCGAGAGGUUUUCUUUUCUGCUGUCUUGGAGAAGCCACCAAGACCCUUCCGGUAAUUAUAUCUUCCUCUGUCUCAGACUCAGACAAAGACUCGAGAGCGUUCAACUUCAACAUCAUGAUUCAUGUUGUAGGCAAAUUCUAUGUACUUUUGCUUUUCAAGUCAUAGUCUCCAUAAUAAUGAUAUCAUAAUAAUAAUAUAUAUUUUUUUUUUUUUUUUUUUUUGGGUUCCAUGAGCUACACACUUGCUAACAAGUUUGGGCGAAACCCAAUUAAGCCUCUUUCAAGAUGGCUCCAAAGAUUGUGUUAGGCCAUUAAUUUGGCUCUAUGAGUAAGCAUUUAGCAUCAAGUUGAAGAAGGAAUUGAUGAGGUGACGACAUUAGGUAGCUUUCCAUUAUUUGAG